CAGAUGGAGAGGGAAAUACUGGGAUAUGAUUCCAGGUGAUCCAGCAAAGGACCUCUUCAGUUUAAAAGAGAACAUAAAUGAAUAUUUGCCAUGCUACAUGGGAAGGCUCUGAACUCCUCCCUGGUCUUCCUUCUCAUUCUCAUCAUCGUAGCUGCUGUUCAUGGUCAUUCAUAUCCCCAGUUUUCACGCAAUGACACUGAAUUCCAGCACCUGGUUCUCCACCCAGACCCAACUGUGGGCACGGUGUAUGUGGGAGCCAGGGACCAUCUUUUCCAGUUGGAUGGAUUAGAUGGACUCCGGCUGGAGCAGGAGGAGACCACCGGUCCUGUGAACGACCACAAAAACUGCCUUCCCCCUGUCACAGAAAGCAACUGCCCUGCAGCCAGAAGAACAAGCAACCACAACAAACUGCUUCUGGUGAACCAAAAAGCAUCCGAGUUGAUCACCUGCGGUAGCGUCCAUCAGGGCACCUGUCAGAAACGUAGCCUGAAAUCCAUCAAGAAGGUUCUCUUUUCCACUGAACGGCCUGUAGAUACGCAGUAUGUUGCAGCCAAUGAUCCUUCAGUGUCCACCGUGGGGUUGGUGGUGGAGCUCCCGGACGGUCUAAAGACAGUUAUGUAUGUUGGUCGAGGAUACACUGCCAGCCACCCACCCAUUUCCACCCGCCACCUUUCAUCAGAGCCUUUCUUUUCUUGUGAGGAGACAGCUAAGCUGGCCGUGGCUGGCCGUUUGUCAGAAUACGACCAUCACUUUGUAACGACGUUCACACGACGCUCACAUGUCUACUUCUUGUUUUACCGCCGUGACAUCAAAUCGGUGUCGAGGGAGUACCGGAGUUAUGCAGCCAGGGUUUGCCUGGAGGACACUUCCUACUACUCGUAUGUGGAAAUUCCUCUGGUGUGCAGAUCACCAUCUUCUCCUUCCAGGAAUUAUAACCUGCUUCAGGCUGCUCAGGUGGGACAAGGUGCGGGUCUGCAAGGCGAAGAUCUGCUGGGAAUCUUCUCCACCCGCAUUAGCUCAACAAACAACAGCCCUGUGGACUCCUCGGCUCUGUGCGUUUUCUCCCUGGAUGAGCUCGACAGGCACAUCGACUCCACCCGUGACCUCUGCUACACCAAAGACGGGUUGGUGGAGGGCAGAGGGGAGGUGGCUUACAUAGAGUACGAGGUCAAGUCCAGCUGUGCUAACCUACCUUUGAACACCUUGAAGGCGUACCCGUGUGGCUCUGACCACACCCCCAGCCCCAUGGCGAGCAAAGACGCGAUGGAAGCCAAAGCUGUGUGGCAAACUUCAGUCGCCCGUCUUACUGCUGUGGCCGUCAGCGUCAGAGAGGGACACAGCAUCGCUUUCCUGGGAGACGCCAGAGGAAAUCUGCACAAGGUGUACCUUGGUAAGGAUGGUAUGGUGGAGGUUUAUGCUAACUCCAUGAUACAGCCUAACUCCCCCAUCAACAGUGACCUGUUACUCGAUGAAAAUGGAUCCCACAUCUACAUCAUGACCAGAACCACGAUUGAGAGGCGUCCCGUUGCAGAAUGUGGGGAUCACUUCGACUGUCAGUCCUGUCUGUCUGCCAGAGACCCCUACUGCGGCUGGUGUGUCUUGGAGGGACGCUGUGGACAGCGGUGGGAGUGCCAGCGAGGAUCUUUGCAGGGCCAGUGGUUGUGGAGUUUCAACCAGACGCAGCAGUGCCUCAGCAUCCAGCGCCUCAAUCUCUACAACAUCAGCCGUGGAGAAAAAACAGACAUUGCAUUGACAGUAGAGGGCCUCCCUAAUCUUAAACAAGGAGAGGCGUACUCCUGCUUCUUCCAGGACACAGAAACUCCUGCCUUGCUCACUACCACUGGUGUCAUCUGCUCCACCCCUGAUGCCAACAGUUUGCCCCCCAUUAGCUCAGGAGAUGAGUUUGUGACGGUGACGUUGUCGCUGCGUUUCAUUAACGUGACGGUAACGGAAACAGAAUUCACCUUCUACAACUGCACUUUGGUCCAGGAGCUUUCUGGGCGCAGACAAUGCCAAGGGUGUGUUAGCAGUCGCUGGGGGUGUAAUUGGUGUAUUCAUGAACAUGUCUGCACACAUAAACACACCUGCAGCCAUGGAGUCACCAUCUACAACCAACAUUUCAAACCAUCAACACCCACCAUCCCACCACCCACCAGAAAACCUACACCAUCAUCUCCUCCUGUUCUGACCGCUCCAACAACAACAGCAGCCACUACAACAACACAACCACCACCCACAGAGACAUCUGCCCCCACUACAACAGCUGUUCCCUCAACUCCAACAGCAGUGACAACCCCCACCAACCCUAAUGUUGAAUCUACCACACCAGCUACCCUCUCCACAAAUUCCCCUUUGGUCAGGACCUCCACCCCGGCCAGCACCGCUCACACUGAUACCAACACCACAGAUGUAGAGAGAACAACAAACAUAUCUGUAAGUGGCUCUUCAGAGGAUGAAGAUUCCAACAACUUCAAUAUCACUGUAGAAAUUACCCACAAUGCAUUGCUCAACACCACUAGUGAUCAUGUAGACUCUCAGCUGAAAGUUUCAAAGCCAUCCAGUGAAGCAACGGGCUCCUCUUCUGAGAUAAACCCAACUACUUCCAGUGAAGUGGCUCCGUUUAUAGACCUCUCCAUCAGUGCCAACGAGGAGGCCAAUCCUCCGGCCACUUCUGAGGAGAAUGUCCCACCUCCGAGGCUGCAUGGGUGGGGGAGGCCUGACGAAGAAACAGAUUCUGAAACAGUCCCAUUUGUCGCUCAUUCCCCCGUCUUUACACAAUCACCUGAAACAAUGGCUGACAUCAACUCUGACUCUCCAACAAACCCACAGUCUGAUUCCUCUUCUGAGUCUUAUCUUCUGGAAUGUCCAUGUGUGGAAAGAGUUCAAGAUUCCUCUCUCCUCCCUGUCAACGUGGAGAGGAAAAUCACCCUUGUGGGCCAACACCUGAACCUGUUUCAGGACGAGACUUUGGACUAUGACUGCGUGCUGGACAUCGAGAAUCAGUCAGUGGUGGUGGAGGCCUCUGUGGAGCCACAUGCUACUUGGCCGUCAGUCUACUUCAUCACCUGUCAACCACACCAGUACGUGUAUUCCCUCUCAAAGGAGGAAUACCCUGCUACGAUCAAUGUGAGGAGACAAAACAACUUCCUCAUCGACAGCGCUGAUGAUCUGCAUGUGACUCUGUUCAACUGUUCAGUGGGUCGGUCAGACUGCAGCCGGUGUCAGACUGCCAACCCUAAGUAUGGCUGUGUUUGGUGUGGUGGAGCUGCCGGCUCUCACUGUGUGUAUCGAGACUCCUGCGCUGGUGACAUCAAAGACACCUGCCCUGCACCCGUCAUUCACGCUUUGGACCCGGUAUCCGGUCCGGUCGAGGGAGGGACAGUUGUGACUAUUUCAGGCUCUAACCUUGGUCAAAGGGCCGAAGACAUCUCCGGCACAGUCACAGUCGCCGGAGUGCCGUGCAGCGUCAUCCACAGCAGAUACGAAGUGUCCUCGAGGAUAGUGUGUGUAACGACGAGCAGCGGAGAGGAGACGAGCGGCCAUGUCUCUGUCAAAGUGAGAGGUGGAGGACUCGGGCUUUCAGCUCAGAUUUUCAGCUUUCAGAAUCCUGUCCUCAGCAGCAUCUUCCCUCAGAGGGGGCCCAAAGCGGGGGGCUCAUCUCUCACCAUCAGAGGGCGGAGACUGAAGACGGGACACCCCAGAGAGGUCAGCGUCUUAAUCGGAGGAGUUCCUUGCAUGGUGCAUAAAAUCCUGGCGGAUCACAUAAGAUGUGGGACCAGAGGCAGCAACAGGACAGGGGCGCACAAUAUCACCGUGCGCUUCGGUGGAGCGGAGCGCCAUCUGGAGGGAUUGGUGUAUCAUUACACCCCGAACCCCAACAUCACGAAGGCUGCACCAUCCAGGAGCUUUUUCAGUGGAGGCAGAAUCAUCAGAGUUUCCGGUCACAACCUGGAUGUGGUGCAAGGGCCCAAAAUGAGAGUGACCCUCAGUCCUCCUGAUGCUCUGCCUCCCAGAAGGAGAAGGAGCAUCAAGAAGAAGAAAGCGAAACAUCUGAGUGAAGGACAGGGUUACAUCGGUCCACUGAAAAGGUGGAGGAGGAUUGUUCCAGAAGCGCACUGUCCUAAGGGGACACUCUGCCAUGAAAAACAUUUUGAAUCACGCUGCACGGUGAACAGCUCCUUCCUCAUCUUGUGUCCGACUCCUGCUGUGGGUCCAGAGGCCAGAGGAGCAAGAGUUAAAGUUCACUUCCUGUUGGACAGCCUCCACUUGGACUUCAGCACCGUGAGUAACGAAGCUUUCAGCUACGAGCCCAACCCCAAGCUCUACAAGCUGAACAAGAAUGACUCGAGCAAGCCGUACCACCAUAAACCUGGCAGCAUCAUCUCUGUUGAGGGAGAGUUCCUGGAUCUUGCCAUGUACAAGCAGGAGGUGGAGGCUCGGAUCGGGGAGGGUUUGUGUUUGGUGAAGACCCUGACUCACAACCACCUGUACUGUGAACCACCAGCCCAGCAGCCUUCGCUCACAGCCAACAGGAAGCAGGACGGCAUGGACAGUCUGCCUGAAUUUACUGUGAAGAUGGGGAACCUGAACUUCUCGUUGGGCAGGGUGCAGUACGACAGCCAGGCUCAGUCUACGUUUCCUCUGGAGGCUCAGGUGGGCGUCGGGGUUGGAGCCUCCAUAGUGGCUCUCAUUGUGCUCAUCAUCGUGCUUAUAUACAGGAGAAAGAGCAAACAGGCCAUGAGAGACUAUAAGAAGGUACAGAUCCAGCUUGAAAACCUGGAGACCAGCGUCAGGGACCGCUGCAAGAAGGAGUUCACCGACCUGAUGACAGAGAUGAUGGACAUGUCCAGCGAUUUGGUGGGCUCCGGGAUUCCCUUUCUCGAUUACCGAGCCUACGCGGAGCGUAUUUUUUUCCCGGGCCACCAGGAGUCGCCACUGAGACGAGACCUGGACGUUCCAGAGAGUCGGAGGCAGACGGUGGAGCAAGGACUGGUUCAACUGUCCAAUCUGCUUAACAGCAAACUCUUUCUCACCAAGUUUAUUCACACUCUGGAGACCCAGCGGACGUUCUCCCCCAGAGACCGGGCCUACGUGGCCUCUCUGCUGACUGUAGCCCUUCACGGUAAACUGGAGUACUUCACAGACAUCCUCAAGACUCUGCUUAACGACCUGGUGGAGCAAUAUGUGGCCAAGAACCCCAAACUCAUGCUGAGGAGGACGGAGUCAGUGGUGGAGAAGCUGUUGACAAACUGGAUGUCUAUUUGUCUCUUCACAUUUCUGAGGGAAUCAGCGGGGGAGUCAUUUUACAUGAUGUUCAGAGCCAUAAAACACCAGGUGGACAAGGGACCUGUGGACGCUGUGACAGGAAAAGCCAAGUACACCCUCAAUGACAAUCGGCUGCUCCGGGAGGACGUGGAGUAUCGCACGCUGACUCUAAAUGUUGUGACGCCGGCUGCAGCCCCCACUGGAAGCACCACUAACCAGACGGUACCAGCGAAGGUUCUGGACUGUGACACCAUCACGCAGGUGAAGGAGAAAGUUCUGGAGCAAACCUGGAAAGGAACGUCGUUUUCGCAGAGGCCGCACAUCGACUCCUUACAUCUCGAGUGGCGGGCAGGUGUGGCAGGUCACCUUAUCCUGUCAGAUGAGGACCUGACAUCAGUAGUCCAAGGCUCCUGGAAGCGUCUCAACACUUUACAGCACUACAAGGUCCCCGAUGGAGCCACUGUGGCCCUCGUCCCCCGGAACAACAAACAUCAUUUCCAUGACAGCCAUGACUACAUGCCUGGAGAAAAGACCCCGAUGUUGGACGAUGGGGAGGAAGGCGGCGUGAAGCUUUGGCAUCUGGUGAAAGCCAACGACGAGUCCGACUUACCGAAGCGCAGGAGGGGCAGCGUGAGGGAGAGAGGUGGGGAAAGAGCGAAGGCUAUUCCCGAGAUCUACCUCACACGUCUGCUCUCCAUGAAGGGCACUCUGCAGAAGUUUGUGGAUGAUUUAUUCAGUGCCAUCCUCAGCACCAGCCGCCCCGUACCGCUGGCUGUCAAAUACUUUUUCGACCUGUUAGAUGAGCAGGCCCUGCAGCACAGCAUCACAGACCCCGAGACCAUCCACAUCUGGAAAACCAACAGUUUGCCACUUCGCUUCUGGAUCAACAUCCUGAAGAACCCACAGUUCAUCUUUGACGUGCAGACCUCCGAUCAUGUGGAUGCUGUUCUGUCCGUCAUCGCUCAGACAUUCAUGGAUUCCUGCACCCUCGCUGACCACAAGCUGGGGCGGGAUUCUCCCAUCAACAAGUUGCUGUAUGCCAGAGACAUCCCACGUUACAAACAGAUGGUGGAGAGGUACUACGCUGACAUUCGACAGACCAUUCCCGCCAGCGAUCAGGAGAUGAACUCGGCUCUAGCUGAACUUUCUCGUAAUUACACAGCUGAGGUCAACUGCCUUGUGGCUUUAAAUGAGCUGUACAAGUAUAUCAACAAAUACUAUGACCAAAUUAUCACGGCUUUGGAGGAGGACGUUACGGCUCAGAAGAUGCAGCUCGGUUACAGGCUCCAACAGAUCGCUGCUGCUGUAGAGAACAAGGUGACAGACCUAUGA